CAGGGCCCAGCGCGCGAGCGGCCGCCAUUCCGCAGCCAACCGCCAUCACCGUGGCAAGGCCGGCAGGACGCGCAAUGCUGCCUGUCCUGCUGAUCCUCUCAGGCCUGGGCCGGCUGACCUCCGCCGGCCAUCAUCCUGAAACAUCACUUCUACAAAUAACAGUGCCACGGAAGAUAGAGACAAACACCGAUGGUGAAGUUUCAGAAACGCAUGUCACUUAUGCCAUCAAAAUUGACCAGAAAAUAUACACUCUCCAUCUUGAAAAACAGUCAUUUUUAGACCCUCAUUUCCUUGUGUAUGCAUACAACAAAUCAGGAACAUUGUAUCCAGAUUCUUCAUUUAUAAAGGGCCAUUGCCUUUAUCAAGGAUACGCCGCAGAGGUUCCAAAAUCAGUUGUGACACUUAGCACUUGUUCUGGACUCAGGGGAUUAUUGCAGUUGGAGAACGUCAGUUAUGGCAUUGAACCAUUGGAGUCUGCAGCUGCAUAUGAGCAUAUGCUUUAUCAAAUAAAGAAUAAUAAAAUUGAGUUUUUGCCCUUACAAGAAAAUUAUCCCAUGACCCAAGUGGUAGAUCAGUCCUACCGGAUACUUGUGAAAUCAGAAAAAAAAUCAGAUGUUGAGCUAUUGAAAAGAAUUCUGAAAAUUCAAAUCAUUAUGGAUAAAGCCUUGUUUGAUUACAUGGGCUCUGAAGUAGCAGUUGCAACUGAGAAAAUUGUCCAUAUCGUUGGUGUAAUCAACACUAUAUUUUCCCAGCUUAAAGUGACAGUUAUGCUAACUUCUUUGGAGCUCUGGUCUGAUCAAAAUAAGAUUUCUCUUAGUGGGGAUGCUAAUGAAGUACUACAAAGAUUUGUGUCAUGGAAAGAACAAUUUUUGUUUCAGAGGUCCCAUGAUAUGGCAUACUUAUUAAUUUAUAGGAACCAUCUUAAUUAUGUGGGAGCAACAUAUCAUGGAAUGGCAUGUAAUCCAAAGUUUGCUGCGGGAAUUGCUCUGUAUCCACAGAUGAUAACUUUAGAUGCAUUUUCAGUUGUUAUGGCACAGUUGCUUGGAAUUAAUCUGGGAUUAACAUACGAUGAGAUCUACAAUUGUUACUGCCCAGGAACUACAUGCAUAAUGAAUCCUGAAGCAAUACAUUCCCAUGGUGUAAAGUAUUUUAGCAGUUGCAGCAUGGAUGAAUUUAAGCACAAGGUUUCACAGCCUGAAUUUGAAUGUCUUCAGAAUAAAACAGUUUCAGAAGUGGUUCGCCAAGGAAGAACUGCAAUUUGUGGUAAUAAAAUUGUGGAACCACCAGAACAGUGUGAUUGUGGUCUUCCAGAGGAAUGCGCUCACAAAAAAUGCUGUAAUCCUGUAAGUUGUACUCUAAUUGGAAAUGCAGAGUGUGGCAGUGGACCAUGCUGUGAUAGAAGAACUUGUCUGAUAGCUGAAAGAGGGCGUUUAUGUAGGAAAAUGACAGAUCCAUGUGAUUUUCCAGAAUUUUGCAAUGGAACAUCUGAGGCUUGUGUACCUGAUGUGAAAUCUGCUGAUUUAGAACCAUGUAAUAAUAAUACUGCCUAUUGCUAUGAGGGAAUAUGCCGAGAUCCAGAUGUACAGUGUGAAGCAUUAUUUGGAAAAUUUGCUAAAGUUUCUACUUAUCUAUGUGCACAAGAAGUGAAUUUUCACGCAGAUGAAUUUGGAAACUGUGCCAAACAUGGUUGCAAUUUUCGGCAUAUCCUUUGUGGAAAGAUAGUUUGUCACUGGACACAUUCACAGAUAGUACCAGUAAAAACUUUUAAUGUUCAAUAUACUUACCUUGGAGGCCAUAUAUGUUUGUCAGCAUAUUUGAGAAAUGAAACACAAUCUUCAGAGUAUGAUUUUACUCAAGUGCAUAAUGGCACGAUAUGUGGUCAAAAUAAGUAUUGUUAUAAAGGAUUCUGUAGAGAAAGAAGUGAGAACCCAGUAAAAACAAAUUGUGACUCAGUAAAAAAUUGCAGUGGACAUGGGGUUUGCAAUAAUAGGUUUAAUUGUCACUGUGAUGUUGGAUAUUCUCCUCCAAAUUGUUAUCUAAAACCAUCAUCACCAGGAGGAAGUUAUAAUGAUGGGUAUUGGUUUCCAGAGGAUCUAUAUCAGACGACAAUAGUAACAGCAAACAGUCAUCAAGUUAAAGACCUAUCACUGGGAGUAAAUGGAAGAAUUAAAAAUUCAACCAUGAAUGAAAACAAGAGUUCAUCCAAUUACUAAUCAGCCAUUCCUCCUUAUCUGACCUUGAUGGAGAGUUAAGUCAAGGGAUCUCUGUUUCCCUAUCUGCCACCAAAACAAACAAACAAACAAAACACUACUAUCCUCCAUGUAAAAUAGUCUUAUUUCUCAGUAGGGAGAGUUGGGAGAGUUGGUGGUGAGGGAGGAGGUGGAUAUUGGUUUUAAAUAUAAUUGAAUGAGUGGGCCCUAUUCAGCAAGAGAUGUGUAAACAAAGUAUUGGAGGAAGUUGCAAGUAUUGACUCAGUUUAUUUAUUUAAAAGGAGGUACUUGAAUUCCCAGGUUCAGUUCACAUGGGACUUUUAUUUAAAUGUAAAGGAUACAGUACAAGAGAGAGUGCGGGCAAAAAUGGGCACCGGAGAGAUAUCUCAUGCACAAGGCCUCAAGGUUCCUUUAAAUUUUAAACAGUCCAUUAUAAAUUCCACUGCCAAUGUCUUGGCAAAAAGUGAAACCAAGCAUCCAGGCUUUCCUAGAGAUAAAGAUAGAGCUUUUCCAUUCCGGCUGUAAAUCAACUCCUUACAGAGGCAUAGAGUGGCAGAGGUCGCCAUGCCUAUAUCUAGGCAGGAGCUUUCCAAGCAUGUGAAUGAUCCAAUGAAAAAAUAAGUCAGAAAUGUUUGAUGAUCAACAGUGAUGUCAGUUUAGCUGGAGCAGAGUUAGCAAGGGGACUGUGGUCAUGAGUAGGUCAGACAGUAAAACUCUUGUAGGCUGUGGGAAGUGUUGAGGGCUGUGUUUUAUUCUGAGAGGAAAUCAUUGGAAGAUUAAUGUUCAAGACUUCCACUUUAAAAGGCUGGUUUGCUAAAAUAAAUAAAUUAAAAAAAGACUGAUUUGUUGAAAAUAGUUUGUAUGAUGGCAAGAGGAGAAGUGGAGAAACCAGUUGGUGGAGAAACUACCGCAAUAAUCCAGGAGGGAAAGGAUGGUACCUCAGACCAGGGGUAGUAAAAAUGGUUUUAGGAAUAAAUUUUGAAGGAGACCAACAGAAUGAACUGGCAGCUUCAAUAUAAAGUGUAAGAAAAUGUGCUUAAAUAACAUUUAUUGAUAAAGCAGCAAGAUAAGCAAGGUUAAAUGUAAACACAGACCAGUUUUCAAAUGUAUGCUCUUAUUACAUUUUAAAAUUUAUAUUAAAAUUUAUGAAUGUUGCAAAAGAAAAUCUACAUGGAUAAUUGUGAACCAAGACAAAUGUUUGGCAUGCCAUGAUGAGGAGCAUGUUUUCUCACACACGAGAAAGUAUUUCUCAUAUAGUUAAAGUAUUUUUGAAGUAGUAAGGAAGGGAUUCAGCAUGAUAUGGUUGGCUUUUUUACAUAUUUAGGGAAAAAGUCAGACUCAGUAAGAACUGGAGGCUAGUGAAUCAACUCCAACUGUAUGUAUAUGGGUCACCUGUUGGAAAGGCACAGAGGAUUUCUUGAAAUACUCUUCCUCUGAAGAUAAAAAUAGACAAAUUAGUAGUUACUUAUUUCUUCACAUAUUCUACUGUUCUUUUCCUCUCUGUUUCCUUGCUGGUGACUUUCUUUUAUCCAUGUGAAGUGUAGAAACUGUGUAAAUAUAAUGCUUGUGAAUAUGACUUUUAAUAUUUCCUUUUACUGUGGCUAUCACAGACAACUUAGGAAAAAAACAGGUUUACACAUUUCGUGAAACACAGGUCUAGAUUGUGACACUAUAAUCAGUAUCUCAUAUACCAAUGAUUUGCUAUACUUCUAGUUGUCUAGUAAAAUGAGAUCACUUUUAUUAACAAUUAAAAUUUAGCAUAUCUCUUUCUGUAUUUGUUUUACAACAGUGACUAAACAAUGU